AUGUUUGGAAAACACGUUUGUUUUGCUACUUCGGUAUAUUCGGAUAAUGGUGACUUGGUCACCAGUGCUACCUCUCACAGUAGCUAUGACAAAUCCUCUGACUCCCACAGAUCCACGUGCAGCAACUCUCCGGAGAUAGCAAAACACAAAUUGGAAGGGCCGCUCGCCUGGUGGAGUGGAUACACACCAUUAGACUCAUGGACUCCGCCAAUGCCUGCCCAGAUACCGAGAUUUAAGGGCCUGAUCGGAGUGGAACCUUAUAUAAGGUUCAAAUGUAAGUCAGCUCUCGAAGCUUCUGAUCCGGGAUUGCUAAAAACGCGCAAUGCAGAAUAUAAAUUGGCUGACGAGGUACGGUUGAGCCAAGAGUGGACAAACGAUCCCAUCACAAACAGGGACAUAAGAUAUGACAUGUGCUUCUUCGGAGAAUUUGAUGAAGUUACAAGCAUGCUAGCAGAUAUCCAUGUCCUUGACAUGGUUCAUGGUCACAGUCAUGCCGUGACAGCAAAGGCCAGUCCACAAUCCCAAGGACUUACCAACUUGGACCAGUUGCCUCUCGGUCGCAUACAGGAGAAUGGCGGUUCCAUGGAUCAAUCCAUGUAUGAAGAUGAGGGACCGGAUGGAUCUGCGGAUGAUACCGCCGGAUCACCAAUGACGGACCCUUAUGACUGCAGUUGGGGGAACAAAUCUGCUGCCGAAUAUAUCAUCCCGGGUUUGGUCCCAACAGAGCAAGCAGAUCCGUACGACUGCAGAUGGGAGGAUCGGAUGGACAUUGAAACACCAGGAGUGAAGGAAGUUCCUCAAGACUUUGAACACGAGGAUGAUUCGAUGAAAGAAGGCCUGGGACCGGGUCUGCCGAUGGUUGAGGAAGAAGAUGCCUACGACUGCGGAUGGGAGGAUGCUAUGGAGAUCCAACCUGCAGCCUCAUCGAUGACUCUCGGUGAUGAAGAAGAUCCAUACAACUGUGGAUGGGAGGAUCGGCCAGAUGAUGGUGAGGUGCUUACAGCAUUGGUGAUGGCGCUUGAACGCCCAGAAGAUCCAUACGACUGUGGAUGGGGGAAUCAGCAAGAUGAUGGCACGGCGCCCAUCUCCAGUGUUGCAAUAGAGGACCUUUAUGAUUGCGGAUGGGAGUAUGAGGAGGACGCCAACGGUGUGUCCCAGGUCGCAAAUCUGGAGGACCCUUAUGACUGCAGAUGGGGAAAUGAUGAUGCCGACAACCUGGAUGUUGUAUCCAGACAUGACCCUUCAAACAAACAAAAGGGUCGCUGGAUGCACAGUCCAACACCGAUGUAUGGGCUCGAUAUAAUCGACUUGACAUCCUCAUCUGCAUCUCAGAGAUCAGAAAGCAAAAAAAGAUAUGAGCCGAUGAGCAUAGAGAUACUGGAAGUCAUCGACCUGACGUCGGACGCUGGAUCGUCCCAAUGGAAUGCUUUUCAGGAGGCCGGUCGGUCGAUGCACCGUGCCAUCCAGCGACUGAACAGCAUCAGAACUGAUCAGCGGAAUGAGGAUACACAGAAUAUGGUCACCGACAAUUCCUCUGGCAUACCCGACCAACUUCCGGCAGGUAUGUUGAGGGCGAACCGGAGGCUCGUUGCUGCAUACGGAGAAGCACAGGACAGAGUGACAGAGCUCAGUGAAGAUCUUGUUGCAAUCUACCGAUUGCUGGACAUCCACAGGCGCAUUAUGGAUCUGUUGGAUGCCAUGAUAACAAACCUUCAGCAAGGUGAUGAGUAG